AUGCUUUUGGAUAUCAUUCCUUACGUCAUGGAUAUUAUAACAGUUGUACACCCAAAUCCUUCAUCGCCGACUGGUAGUAGAAACCCUCUACUGCCCAGAACAACAUCAUCUCAGCAGACGCCGGCAAAUAACAUUCGACGCAAGGGAUCUUUCAUCAGAGCAAUCCCUGAUUCUUCGGAAGAAUCUCCGCUGAGUUCUGACAAUUCAAUAUUCGAAGCAUUUUUGUUUUCCAAUAGUAAUAGUGAGGACAGUGUACACAAAUCUGAUACAUUAACACGUUUUAAACAAGCAGCCUGCGAGGUUUCUCCAUCUAAUGACGAAAAUAUGAAACAAACAUCAAUCUCUAUUCAACCCGAAACUACAACCACCACCGAGUUUCUCUAUGGUCAUGAUACCAUAACGGAACAAAAAAGUUAUGGCACUAUGCGUAGUGUCACCCGUACCAAAUCAGCGGAUGACAUAUCCACAAUUCGUAGCGUCGCUCGUACAAAAUCAGCAGAUGGCAUCUCUACUUCUCCACUUCUUGGUCACCGUGAUAGUUUUACAAUAGCCAAAAAUCGUCCUCGAAAUAAGCAAUCUUUCAGUCUUGACGACAUAUGGUGCAUUAAGGAUUCCUAUCACGAAGCAUGUGCCAUGAUUGACCAAGCUGCCCGACGCAGAUUAUCCAUCCACGAGGUCUAUGCAAAGCCCAAAGAACCUCUUCUUGCACCCCCAGAACGCCCUGAUACACCACCAGGAUGUCCCUCUUGGACUGAAGCACAAAGACCUGGUCCACGCCAGCAUUUAGUACCUCAUCAUACUCGCCUUCAAAGACUUCUAAGAAUGCCGUCAUCAGGGCUCACGCUUUCAUCAACACCUGCGAGAUCUUUCUUCACCGGGAGAGUAGUAUCGGCUCCGGGACUCACUAGACUCCCUCCUCGUUUCAGAGCCCCAAGAAGUGUAUACUCAGCCAUCGAUACUCAUCCAUUCAGCAGUGCACCAGUCCAUAAGAUUGAUUCUGAACCACCAAUCGAAGCAACGCGUCCUAUUGUAGCACCAAUCUUGAGCCAUCAUCCUCGAACCUCUUCACUUCCCUCAGCUGCUCCACCGACAUCAACAAACCUUACCGCUAAAGGCAAAGGAAAAGCUAAAUCCAAAUUCGUUCGUUUCACACCCUCAGCCACUGCCCGCGACUCCGAAAUACUUAAUUUACAACACGCAAUUGAAGCAACUAGUUCGACAGCUCUUCAUCCCUUAGUCGAUCACAAUUCCAACGUUCAUUCUGUACCAAUAAAGAUACCAAGAUGUCCGCAUAGAAAGGGAAGAAGACAAGCUAUGAAUGAAGUAAAUCAGAGAUUCAAUUCUCCAGCUGAGACUUAUCAAGUCCCAAGAAGCAACCAGUACCUGCCCCUUCCAUCUGUGGCAACUCUUCCUAAACUGCAGAUGCCUAGUAUAAGAGGCUUGCGAUCGAUGGGCGAUUCAGCCAUUUCGCUUCAUGCUUCUACGUAUUCUGGCGAGAGACAUCCUACUUUGAUUGAUACCAAUCAUGGCAUCAGCAGAGAUAACGAUGCGAUUCGCAGAGUAUCCCUCUCUCCCUCUCUCAUCAGCGAUAGCAAUGCCGAAUUCCCAAAUACAAGUCGAGACGAUGUUGAUCUCGGCAUCAUCGAUCUGGAACAUGAAAGUCGCUCAAGUGUUCAUACAAGAUCUCCAGGUACACCAUUAACAUCUCGAUCAGCAUCCGCAAACACGAGUGCGAAUACGAGCGGGUAUUUCAUGACGGGUGCAUUGCAUAUCCCGUAUGUAGAGAGGGGUGAACAACAAGCGCUUAAUGUGCCGAUUUUAACGGGGGCUAGGAUGAUGAAUGUAUGGAGUCCGGGUUUGAGGAUGGUUAGAGAUGGGUAUGGAACGGGGAUUUCUGAGAGGAAUUUUGCUAGUGCUGCGAGAGUGGAAGAGAAGAAGGAUGUCGAUGAAGGUCUUUGUUGGAAAUGCAAAAUCAUAGGCGCGAAGAGGAAAGUGGAGGAUUGGUUGGAUAGAGGGAGUGAUUGGGUUUGCUUUGUUUGUUGUGGGAGGUGGGAGGAGGGGCUGGAGGAGGAGAGGAGAGAAGUAGCGGACCAGAGAGAGGCGGAGAGGAGGAGAAGAAUUGUUUUAGGGGGAGUACCGGGGGUGGGGAUUUAG